GACGAUUAUUAACAAUAUAUAAUAAUAUGUUGAUUUAUUUAUUCUAUGAUUUGAUUAUAAUCAUGCAGUCUACAAAAUGUCGGGAAGUGCUGAAAAAUGUCUCCCCCAGUUGGUCUGAGCCGCAGUACAAAAAAAAAAAAACCUUUUAGAUGUUCAGUUUAUCAUUCAAAUCCAGGAUAAACAACAUUUAUUUGUGGAAACAACCUCUUGACGUCCCUCUCGCUCAGGAUAACAAAGGCAGCUCCUCCUCUCCACACUUGAACCACAGCAGAGCAGCAGUUUGAAAGCUUCCAUCAGACUCAUGACUGUUUGAGGGGACACGGACCCACCGUGGCCCAUGCACUGUACCCGUUUCCCUCCCUGCCCUCCUUAUCCCUCAAGCUGACGCAAAACCCCAGACACCUUCCCCCCCUCCCCCACCCCCACUCCCACCCCAUCCCCAGCGACUCACCUCCCCCCGCCAUGGCGCCCGGCACGGAGACGGUGCACUACAUCCACCUUCACAACUCCAGCCAGUCGGUGCUGGAAGCCCUGCGCACGCAGCGGCGUGAGGGCCUCUUCUGCGAUGUCACCGUGCGGAUACAUGAUGCUUCGCUGCGUGCCCACGCCUGCGUCCUGGCGGCCGGUAGUCCUUUCUUUCAAGACAAGCUGCUUUUGGGUCACUCUGAAAUCUCUGUGCCGCCGUUGGUGCCCGCCGAAACCGUGAAGCAGCUUGUAGAUUUCAUGUACAGCGGCUCGCUGGUGGUGCUGCAGUCGCAGGCCCUCUGCAUCCUCACUGCUGCCAGCAUCCUCCAGAUCAAGACGGUCAUCGACGAGUGCACCCAGAUCAUCUCUCAGAGAAAGGCAGCAGCAGGGGCGGCGAGCGCUGCCGCAGCAGCCGCGGCGGCGGCGGCAGCGGGAGGAGGGAUGCUCGGAGGAGUUCUCCCUAAACAAGAAGAGCGUGGCGGGGGGAAAGGGACGGAGAGAGGCAGCAGUGGAAGCUGUUCUGUUGGUGGAGGUGGGGGUGGAGGUUACGCCAACUUCUCUAACUUCAUGGCUGAGUGUGGCUCUGGUAACAUGGGCGGGGGGUUAGGGGGUGCUCGCAUUAGUGUCAGUGAGAGUGGCCCAGGCCCGAUGGAGCAAGCUAAUACCGUGAGUCUGAUGGCGCUGGGUGACAUGGGCCCCGGGUCCAUGUGUGGCAGUGACGGACUGGGCUCUGGGGCCGGCACAAUCCUCAUGAAGCAGACCUCCAGCUGUACUCAGGAUGUCAGGUACAAGCUCCGAGACCUGUUGGCACAGACGGCCAACGGAGCCAGCACUAGUAGCACAGGGAACCUCUCAGCGGGCUGCAGCUCUGGCGUGGGCAGUGUGGAGAGCAUCGGCAGGGACAGCCUCCGCGGCAACACAACUGACCUCUCUGAUGACCUGGUGGGGAUGGACAGAUACAGCGAGGAGGAGGAUUUGGACGGCAGAGAGCGGGGAAGAGAUGGAGACAGAGACAGGGGGGCGAGCCACAGCCGCAAGCAGAGGCAGCCGCUAAGACUCCAGGUGCUGGGAGGAGAGGGAGUGGUGGUGAAAGAUGAAGGGGUCCAGGACACAGAUGGGACCGUCUAUGCCUUGGAGGACGGGAGACGAGACGGAGAGCAGGAGGGCUCCCAGGAAGCCAUGGCAGGCUUUGGACAGGAUUUCUAUGAUGAGCAGGGGGUGUUUUCAGAGAAUUUCUGGCCCCAGAGUGAGCCUCCUCAGGCCAUGGCUUUCAACCCCAGAGGAAGGGUCAAUAAGCCUUUGACUCCACCUCCAACCACACAGUCCAUCAACAACCAGCUCCUUUUCCAGUACCCAGUGAGCCAGUCGCAGCCAGCUCCGUUUUACGUGGGCGGGCCAAUGGGUGGGAUUGACACCAUGGCAGGAACGGAGCCCAGUCAGCAGGCUCCUCCCCCUGCGCCGAUGACCCCGGCCCCGCCGCCCUCCACCUCCUCCUGCUCCGCGGGCCCCUCCCCUUCCUCCCAGGGAUCUGAGACCUCGUUCGACUGCACGCACUGUGGCAAAUCUUUACGUUCCAGGAAGAACUACAGCAAGCACAUGUUCAUCCACUCCGGUCAAAAACCUCAUCAGUGCUCCAUCUGCUGGCGCUCCUUCUCGCUGCGCGACUACCUCCUCAAACACAUGGUGGUGCACACUGGUGUCAGGGCCUUCCAGUGCUCCAUGUGCGGCAAGCGCUUUACCCAGAAAAGCUCACUCAACGUGCACAUGCGCACCCACCGUGCCGAGCGCACCUUCCAGUGCAACGUGUGCCACCGGGCCUUCACCCACCGCACCUUGCUGGAGCGCCAUGCCCUGCAGCACGCCCACCACGCCCCCCAGGCCCAGGGCCAAGGCCAGGGGCGCGGGCCCGACAUGACCUCACCUACCAAGCACAGUCCUCCGGCUCUGGGAGGGCCCUCAGGUAUGGCUGGCGCGGCUGGCAUGGUUGGCAGCAUGGCCAACAUGCCCAGCCACGGAGCUUCUUCCACCUAGACAGAGAAGGCGAGAUACGGGGGAGAGGGGGAGGUUAGUGAGCCCAUUCCUUGAACCAACACUUAUUUGGUCCUAACAGCCUUGUUGAUCUUUUGUUCUGGAGGGAACAGCGCGUAUAGGUUCCCAUUGUUUUAGCUCAAUGACACCUUCAAUCAGGGUUCCUACACAAACCGGAACGGCUUUUGAAGUUUGAAUAUUAUGUCAGUUUUAAAGGUGUUUUGGAACUGCACAAAAAAACAGGAAACGUAUGUAAAAAGUAGAGGUGUUCCCUCCCCAGAAACCCAUCAUAAGUAGUUGUAGUCCUACUGUCAUUUCCUGUGUUGUGACAUUGUUGCUGUGACGACUAAUCAUAAAAGCUAACAAUCACACAGCUUGUUGAACAGCCAUCCAAAAUCCAGCCAAAAAGUUGGUGGAGAGAAGAAAAAGUCUUGAAUUUUUAAAUAAAGAUCGUGUAGGAACCCUGUUUCAAAGACACCAGAGAGUCACCAAAGAGGUUAGGAAUAGAGAGCGGGUUUGGGAGUUGGUGAGGGCAUGGAGAUUUCUAGGAUUUCUAGGUGGAGGUGAGGGUGGGGGGUGGGAUAGGAUGCAGUUUGGGGUUAUAUAGUGAUGCAAGUUAUGGAGAACAAGGGGAACGAGGGGUUUGGUAGGGAGGGUGGGGGGUGGCGGGUGGUAGUUGCAGAGUUUUAUUUACCUUCAGUUCAUUUAAUUCAAGUUGAGAAUUGGAGUUGAGAAUUCAGUUCUGUUCAGUGACACAUCUUUAAGAGCAAAAAGGUGUGAACAUAACUUUUUUAACCCAAGAUCUCAGCAAAGUUGCAGAGUAAGAGUUUCCAGAACUAUGAAAAAAGAGCCAGGUUGGAACAAAAAACAUUUCUUAAAAUUGGAGAGGUGUUAAGAUCCGCUCUUCUCGUGGCACGUUAGCCCGUUAGCAUGUUUUGAUGAAACGUGAAGUUAAGUGGGAGCUUGUCCAACCUGUGAUGACAGCUUGUUAUGUUGUCCGGCUUUUUUUAUUAUCUUCCUUCUGGUUCUAUUUAAAAAUCAUAGCAUACUGAAGGCCCACGCAACUCCACCCUUAUAAAAUAAUGCAACCUAGUUAGCUUGAAAUAGCUUCAAUCUAAGCUGUCAAGCAAAAAUUAGGUGCUUUUCUUUCAAAUCUGGAUCUGAACACAUUUUGAAAGUAAUAUAUUUAGUUAACAUGACACCAACUGUGGACAAACAACUCCAUCCUCCAAGUUCAACUUAAGAAGUAAGAUAAAAAUAUCACUAUAGGGCACUAAAUUAUGGACCUCUAAAUUCCUGUUUUCAUAGUGAGGUAAACACAAAGUGAAAAUUAGACUCAAGGCGAAUCCAUACAAGAUCGGUAUAACCAGUGUAUAAUCAGAGGGAGUAUAAUCAGUCAAGACCACUUAAACUGAGACCAAGUCAAGAUUGUAUUUGUUAUUUUGUAUAUAGAUUGUAUUUACUCACAAACAACUUUAAUGAUUCUUUUUUUUAAUCCACAGUCCCAAAACUGAACUAGUUCAUGUUCAUUCAUAAAAUACUGAGUUUGAUUUGUUUCAGGAACUUAGUUUUCUGUGCCGUAUAACUACAGACCGUAGGCCAAUUUACGAAAGUGUGCUGGGACAAAUUAGACAUUAUUAGGUGAUUCAUGGGUUAUAUCCCCGCAGUUGUGGUCUUGACCGGUCUUGAAAUAAAAUCCCAUGUCUUUUUUGUCUGAGACUGAGACAAGGCCGAGUUAAAAAUGCAGUCGGCUCUUCAUCAAGGCCGAGACCUUCAAAAAAUGUUCUUGAGACCAGUCUUGAGUACUACAACACUGAAUACAAUGUCCAGAUUAGCUUUAGGCAGUGGAAAUUUACGCAAAGACACUUUUUUACUAGCUAGAUUUGAAAAUUCAAACAGAAAAGUAGGAGAACUGGAGGAAAAUAACAGAAAGAACUGGAGGUCAGUCCUGGAAAGUUUUGAGACUCUCAAAAAAAAUAAAACGCUCGAGUGGCCUUAAUAGCCUCGUUGUUGUUUUUUAUAUAUAUUUCUGAAGAAAAUGCACUUCAGAAUUAACUGAAUUGAAUGUGAAUGGAGCCUGGCGCUAUUCAGGAUCAAACCAGGGUGACAAAGAGGGUUGUUGAUGAAUGAUUCGACGAAGAAGGAAAAGUAGCAAAAUUGAGGCUACAGCAGGGAGGGGAGGGAGGGAGGGAGGGGAGGGAGGAAGGAGGGGAAGGAGAGGGGGGACGCAUAACGCACAGCAGUGUGAAUGAAAUUCACCAUCAUCCAUUAGACAGCUUUGUAACAUUUUCCACAGGCGCCACUGGUCAGCCCCAGGAUCAUAUACCUCGAACCAGGACGAGCCUCUGAUGGCUCGGAGGAACACUAUUUUCUCAUUUGAAAUGUUUGGGAAACAUUUCAGCAUGUUUUACACAUACACACACACACACACACACCUACAAUUACCUCGGUGGUCCAAAGACAGGCAUUAUGCUUCACAUCUUUUAAGCUACAUCAAACGAAGAAACAGUGAAAAAUGAAAGCUAAGAUAGAUCUGUUUACUUUUUGAAAGCUUACUAAAGUACUUCUAUGUAAAAUUCCUGUACAUCGCUAUAACGCUCAGUUUGUUAUUUGUUGCUCAUGUGAUUCUUUGAUGCAGAAAUAAGGCAGGACAUUUAAAAAAAAAAAAAAACUUUAAAGAGAAAGAGCCAUUCAGAGGAAGUUAAACUUGGUUGAAUAACUAUGACAAAUCAGUGAUUUUUAUUGGGAUUUUUAUUGAGUGUUUGUGUUUGUCUUUUGGGACUCUGGUUAAUAAUAAAUGGGAAGUGUUUGUUGCUUAAAAAAACAAUAAAAGCUUUUCUCGCAGCACUAUAAUAAAAAAAAAAUAAAAUAAAACAACUUUUUAACGUUUUAGUACAACUAAAUUAAUCAUGAAAAUGUACAAUCACCCCUACAAGUUUUGACCAAGUCAAACUCGUGAUAAUGGUAAUUAUCACAUUAAUAUUUAUUACAAUUUGAUCUCUAUGCACAGUUAAGUUUGCACAGCAUAAUACAUAGACAUAGAUGUUGUUGAUGUCCCCUAAAGUAUUUGGCCUGAGAUUGUUUUUGUUUUCUGUUUUUUACACCUAAAAGGUGAUCUUAAAAAGACCUUAUGUGUCCCUGCUUUUUGCUCAUUUUCCUUAAUGUUUGUCAGUCGAAGCAUUAUAUGAUAUUCAGUAGUUUACUUAAGCUUUGUAAGAGCCUUCUAAUUGACAUGAUUUCCGAAGUGGGCCUCACUUAACAAGUGAGAUAUGUUUGAGCUUGAGAACUUUGCGAGUGAUGAGAUAAUUUGACAAAAAUAUCACUUUAAUCAAGACUUAUUUUCAUUUAAAAGAGUGAGUCCAGCAAAGGCGUAGAUUCAAAUCCUUUCUGUCUGGACUUCACUAUAAAUAUUGACAUUUAAUGUCCCAUUUUAAAUGUGGAAAAACUGCUUAUUUACAGGGAGCAGGCCUAGCAGCGUGUGUUCAUUGGCCUCUGAACGUUGCAAAUAAUUUGCAGACUCAGUAGUUUGUGUUGUGGAUGAAAAGAAGAUAAAGAAAACAAGCUUAAGAGUAGCUGGACUGAAACUCCUCCAACUCACUGUUGGUUAUAAGCUAUAUAAAAAAAAAUUAACGCCAAACCUUUGGUGCUUUUUUGGAAAUCUUUACCUCAUUUGCCAGUUGCCAACACCAUGCUGUGGUCUGGGUUUGGUAAAUAAGCAGUGUUGAGCUGUUUCAGAGGUUUGAUCUAUCCUCAGCAGUGGAAGUGGUUUUGGUGCAUUUUGUCUGAGGCGGACCCUUGUACAGUACUGUAAUAUGUGUGCUUUGAAGCCAUGUCAGCGCAUUGUAACGUACUGUGUUAUGCCUUUUUUCUGUUUUUUGUUUCAUUGGGAGGGAAGUUGAUAAUUGUUUUUUCUACAUUAAUAUUUCUUUAACAGAGUAUGUCAGAAGAAAAAAAAAGUCAUUUUAUAAAAAAAAAAAUUAAAAAAAAUCAUUUGUCAUCGUAAAACCACAUCUUUUAUGUAUAAAAAGACUAAAGGCAUGAUUUUAACUUUUUCUGAGAACUUAGAUGUUGUACUCAAUGAAUUAAUUGAAUUUUAAAAAUGAGUGAUUUCAAAGAUUUCUUUCUCCAAAUAAAAAGUCUUCUAUGGCUCCAG